AUACUCGUUGCUUUCUCGUCAUUUCUUUCUUGUUUGUUAUUUGUCUUCCAUUUAUACUUGCCAGCGUGUAACCAAGUUUACUUAAUCCGAUUAUCGCGUACGUAUUACCAUUGUGACGUAGAUUUUGAUAGCAUUUUUUUUGUGUUCAUUUGAGCAUGUUGCUGCCUGAAAUCCAUCGUUUUCAAAAUUUCCAAAGUUGCGAUUAAAAACUGGAGUAGGGUACGAUAACAAAAAAUGGUUGUUUUUAAAUCGUGUGUGACUGGCGCCAGUUACUGCUGCUUUCUACGAUAUUGAGCUGCUGCCGUAUAUUCGAAGUUUUCAAUUGAAUUUUUACUUUUCUCAUCGUCCGGAUAAAUCGCCAAAAUGGUUUUGGCGGAUCUGGGACGUAAAAUAACGUCCGCUUUGCGGUCGUUGAGCAAUGCGACAAUUAUUAAUGAGGAGGUCCUUAAUUCUAUGCUGAAGGAGAUAUGUGCAGCAUUACUUGCAGCCGACGUAAAUGUUAAACUAGUUAAAAAUUUGAGAGAAAAUGUACAGAAGGUUAUCAACUUUGAUGACAUGGCUGGUGGUCUCAAUAAGAGGCGGAUGAUCCAGAGUGCUGUGUUUAAAGAACUUGUCAAACUCAUUGAUCCUGGAGUAAAAGCUUAUCAACCAAUUAAAGGCCGACCAAAUGUUAUUAUGUUUGUUGGUCUUCAAGGUUCUGGUAAAACAACCACUUGUACAAAAUUAGCAUACCAUUACUUGAAAAAAAACUGGAAGGCCUGCUUGGUCUGUGCUGACACUUUCCGUGCUGGUGCUUAUGAUCAAAUUAAACAGAAUGCUACAAAAGCUCGAAUUCCAUUCUACGGAAGUUACACAGAAGUUGAUCCCGUUGUGAUAGCUCAGGAUGGUGUUGACAUGUUCAAAAAAGAAGGAUAUGAAAUUAUCAUUGUUGAUACAAGUGGUAGGCAUAAGCAAGAAGAAUCAUUAUUUGAAGAAAUGUUGCAAGUUUCAAAUGCAGUUCAACCAGAUAAUAUUAUAUUUGUGAUGGAUGCAACGAUAGGUCAAGCUUGUGAAGCUCAAGCAAGAGCUUUUAAAGAACGUGUCAAUGUUGGUUCUAUUAUUAUUACUAAAUUGGAUGGUCAUGCAAAGGGUGGUGGAGCUUUAUCGGCUGUGGCAGCUACACAGAGCCCAGUUAUUUUCAUAGGAACUGGAGAGCAUAUCGAUGAUCUUGAACCAUUUAAAACAAAACCAUUCAUUAGCAAAUUAUUAGGAAUGGGUGAUAUUGAAGGGUUGAUUGACAAAGUUAAUGAAUUGAAUUUAGAUGAUAAUGAAGAAUUACUGGAAAAAAUUAAGCAUGGUCAAUUUACAUUACGUGACAUGUAUGAACAGUUUCAAAAUAUAAUGAAAAUGGGACCAUUCUCACAAAUUAUGGGUAUGAUACCUGGAUUCAGUCAAGAUUUCAUGUCGAAAGGUACAGAACAGGAAUCUAUGGCUAGGUUGAAAAAGUUGAUGACGAUAAUGGAUAGUAUGAACGAUUCAGAACUUGAUAGCAGAGAUGGUGCCAAGUUAUUUAGCAAACAACCUGGAAGAGUUACAAGAGUGGCUCGUGGUUCUGGUGUAACAGAAAAAGAUGUCAAAGAUUUAAUAGCUCAAUAUACUAAAUUUGCAGCUGUAGUUAAAAAGAUGGGUGGAAUCAAAGGCUUAUUUAAGGGUGGUGAUAUGACGAAAAACGUUAAUCCAGCUCAAAUGGCUAGACUCAAUCAACAAAUGGCAAGAAUGAUGGAUCCAAGGGUAUUCCAUCAAAUGGGUGGAAUGGCUGGCUUGUCUAAUAUGAUGAGGCAAUUGCAACAAGGUACUACUGGUGGCUUGAGUAAUUUAAUGGGAGGUUUAGGUGGUCAGUCUUAAAAAUAGUAUUGUGAUAUAAAUGUCACAAAAAUUUUCUACUGUUGAUAGAGCAGUCUGAUAAAGAGGCAGCAACUGCCUUCAUGAAUUUUUGUUGUGGAUACUGAAUUUUUAAAGUUACUAUUGCUUUUGUAUUAUCAAUUAAGAUAUAUGAAGUUUUUUAUAUAAUAUUUACCUGGUAUAUUGUAAAAGAACUGUACUAUAAAUUUUCAAAACUGUUAUGUGUGUUUGAGAUUCCAGUUCAUAAUGAUUCUUAUAGAGUGUACUUUGGAUUGUUUAUCAAUUUUCAUUUAGAUUGUGCUUCCAAUAAUUACAAUAUUGACAGAUACUAAAAACUAAAGUUAAGUAUGACUGUGAAAAUAGAAUGGAUGAUUUAGAAUGUUAUGUAUGGUUUAAAUCAUGAAAUCAUGUAAAAAUGCUCAAAAAAUAAAUUGUGUAUAAGAUCAAUGAGAAUUUAUGAAAAAAUCAAAUGACCACUUAGUUAUUGCAAGUUUUCUACAUUAUAAAAUCAAUAUGUAUAAUAUAAAUAAA